AUGCAAAUUGUUCAUAUCUAUCUAUCUAUCUAUCUAUCUAUCUAUCUAUCUAUCUAUCUAUCUAUCUCAGAUUUUUUUCUUUCUUUUUUGUCUCAGACAAUACUUUAUAUUUUCUAUCAGAAUUUAGUAAUAUCUAUCUAUCUAUCUAUCUAUCUAUCUAUCUAUCUAUCUAUCUAUCUAUCUAUCUAUCUGUUUGUUCAUCUUCUUGUAUCUUUCUUUCUUUCUUUCUUUCUUUCCUUUCUUGUAUCCAUGCAUUCAUCUCUUCUUUCUUUCUUUCUUUUUUCUUUCUUUCUUUCUUUCUUUCUUUCUUUCUUUCUUUCUUUCCUUUCUUGUAUCCAUGCAUUCAUCUCUUCUUUCUUUCUUUCUUUCUUUCUUUCUUUCUUUCUUUCUUUCUUUCUUUAUCCUUUCUUUCUUUCCUUUCUUGUAUCCAUGCAUUCAUCUCUUCUUUCUUUCUUUCUUUCUUUCUUUCUUUCUUUCUUUCUUUCUUUCGUUUAUUUCUUAACGAUUAACCCUCUCUGCUUUGAUUUUCAUUUUCUUUCUUACAACUGCUUCUUUCUUUCUUUUUCUUUCUUUCUUUCUUUCUUUCUUUCUUUCUUUCUUUCUUUUCUUUCUUUUUUUCUUUCUUUCUUUCUUUCUUAA